AGAGAGAGAAGCAGCGACGACUGUAGAUGACAAACGGCUUUUCUCAAGCAGUCAAAGAAGAGGUUCCUUACAACAGGCACAGCAGAGCGCAUGCGAGCAUAUUUGAGUUAGCAGCAGUUACGGUUAGAGAAAGUUACUUAUUAAAACUCGGGAUAAACUCAAGUCCAUGUAUUUCAAAGGAGUAUACUAUAAGGUUGCAAUAGCAGGACCGAAGAAGCGUGUACGGAAAGCGAGCAAGUAAGGAGACGAAGCGUCUUUGGAGAGUGUAAAGUCAAUGAAGGAUAGGUAGGCAACAUAGCUACCAGCCGAUAGCCUGAUCUAGUUCUGAACGGUUUUGAUACAAGACUAAGACUGGAUAUUGGCGGGAGAAGAGCCAACGGGAAUUAAUGAUCACAGUGCAACAUAUUUUAAGUAACCUUUGAGCGUCAACGUUGGAAGUGGCCUAAUGGCGCAUUUGGGGAGCAAAGAGCACCGACGAGACGCAUCAAAUUGGUUCCAAAUUCAGCUCCAGCUCUGAAAGCUGAGUUCACUUUCAAACAACAUUGGAUUAAGAAUCGUAUAUCGCAAAGUCUUACAUAUUGAUUUUGGAUUUAUAUUGAUUAUAUUUAGGCUAUGGGCCAGACUCGAGGGUUCUGAAAACGUGUCCAGCACGCCGAGCGGCUUCUAAAUAUCUGCUGUUGCUUUCCACACCGACCAAAGCAUCGCAACACCAGCAAACACCGACGAAACCAACAGCUGUUGUCCCAACUUGGAAAAGACAUGCAGAAAAUGCACAGGAAGGUUAACCUACUGUGGGUAGUCUUCUUGACGAUGACUCAGGUGUCAAUCAAGAGCUUCCCCACCAACAGUCAAAAAAGUGCAGUCCCCAAGGACAGGAGCACUGCGUCCACGGAGGCGAUAUCUCAGGCUAGCCCGGGUGGCGAUGUGGGUGAGACUCUGGAGGACCUCCAGCAGCAGAAUCAGCUCCAGAGCCUGGCAUCAUCCAACCCAUCCUCCCAGAGACCCCGACGCCGGGGCUGGUCCCAGGGGGUUCUGCCCAAACCAGAACCAGAGGAGGACACAGAACCCUUCAUCCUGGACCUCAGGAACUUCCCUGAGCUGGCCAACGCAGACCUGGGAUCUCACAACCCUAAUAUACAGUCCGUCCCUCUUUCCCCCCUUUCUCAUCCCUCCAUCUCAGAGUACGAGGAGGAGGAGUGGAGCGUCUGGUCUCCAUGCAGCGUCACCUGUGGCCACGGCAACCAGAAGCGUAUCCGUUCAUGUGGUUACGCGUGCACGGCGACCGAGUCCCGGACCUGUGACCUGGACAGAUGCCCAGAUGACCUGUUAGCAGUGACUGAGCUGAUACCUCUGGAGACAACAAAUGGCACUGACUCCCUCGACACAAACGUGGACAGCUGUGACAAGUGGCUGAGCUGUAAGAACGACUUCCUCCAGAAGUACCUCCACCAGGUGCUGACCGAACUACCCAGCUGCCCCUGCUCCUACCCGUCCGAGGCCGUCUACAGCGCCGUCAACAUCUUCGACAAGACGCUGCGUAAGACCUACCGCUGGCGCGACGCCUCCGGCCCCAAAGAACGCCUGGACAUCUACAAGCCGUCCGCUCGCUUCUGCACACGCUCCAUGCUCUCCUUCGACAGCACCACGCUGGCCGCGCAGCACUGUUGCUACGACGACCACGUGAAGCUGAUCACGCGGGGGAAAGGGGCGGGCGCGCCAAACCUCAUCAGUACGGAGUUCUCGCCGGAGCUGCAUUACAAAGUGGACGUGCUGCCCUGGAUCCUGUGUAAAGGGGACUGGAGCCGCUUCCACUCUGUGAGACCGCCCAACAACGGGCUGCAGUGUGCCCACAACCCCACAGAGGACGUGUACCAGGCUGAGCUAGAGGAGGCUCGUGAGUUCUGAGGGAGGAGAUGGGGAGGAGUACUGAGAUCCUGCGUGGGGAGAGAGACACAUGGUUCCAAUGGCUCUAUUGGAUUCGGGCAUGGGCCACAUACUGAAUAUAUUGUGUAAACUAUCAGUUGCUUCGGAUGAAAGGAGACCUGGAUAUUCCCUCCCUCUUAUUCAGUGUUUGGUCACAUUGCGGCACAGAGUUUGGUGAAUACCGAAAUGUUACAUUUUUCUAGUCAGGCAACCCGGCAGCCACCCAUCCAAAAUGGAGUCAAGUUGAAUACUCUUAUCUGGUGUGCGUGGGAAAACUCUAUGAGCGUCACGUCUUAAUGGCGCGUUGUUAUGACAUCAUCACCAUCAAGCAUUCCCUCAUUGGAUGACUCAUCAGAAUCCACCUGCCAAUUGGAAUAUGCUUUCCCAUGGAUGACUUACUGUGGUGUUACGGGAAGAGAAAAAACAACUAUUUUCUAACUGGUAAUUUAUUGCUUGUGAAAGUCCAGAUUUUGGAGAGCGUUUUUUUGGGCUACACUCAAAAAACAAGGAAAAAAAACACUGGUUUGGGAAAUUUUAAAGAGGGAGAGACUGCAAUGAGAUUGUCCUAGUUCUCUCUGACACCCCUCAACCCACCACCCCAUAGACUCACAUGUGCUGCUGCUAUUGAGAAAAGGGAUGGGGGGAUGGGUACAGGGGGAUGGGAUAGCUCAGUGGUUUCCAUGGGCUGCUCCAGAACCCCUGAGGGAACAUGGAGGAACAUGGAUAGUGUAUUUAUUGGACUCAUAUUGGGCCUGUAUUGUAUUUACUCAAAUACUCGGAUGUCUCAUGAAAGGAAUUCCUGUCAAGCUGCUAAAAUGGGGAUGAAUUCAACACAGAAUGUUAGUUGUUGUUUGUCUUAGACUUGAAGCUCUCUCUCACAAUCUCUGUCUUCUUUCUAUCCAGCUCUCUCUCUCUCCAUCUCUCUCUAUUUCUCUCCCCAACGCUCUCUCUCUCUCCUGGUCCAACUCCAGUCGGGGGGGAAAAAAACAGAAUGAUCAAGCACAGCCCCAAGAUGCAUUGUGCUUUUCUUACUUUCUUAUUUCAUGUCAAGCCACAUAUUUCUUUGGAGAUGUUGACCCCUAGAACUCUAUUGUGUCAUUCAGCCAGUCAUAUCCAGUAUCAGAGGACCAGAUACUCAUCCUCCUGAGCCAUUUGGCCGUAAUGCUCCGUCAGAUAAAGUUGCACUGGGUCAUGGUUAGCUACUCCUGGGGGAAACAUAAAAAUACAUUGUUGAAACCUUGAAGGUCUCUCUGUCGCUCUCGCUCUCUUUCUCUCUCUCAUCGACAGACACGCCGCUUGUUUUCCAUCCAAAGGAUUGCCCCAUCGUUUAAUCUGAUCCAUAAUUGAACCGUAUGGAGAUGUUUUCCUUUUAUCGCCUGUUAACACGUCACGGUGUUGCAUUCCUCGCAACCCGAGACACUCGUAGAUGUGCCGGCGGAGAGGGAGAGAGGAAAAGACUUGGUAGGGGAGCUUGAAAGGAGAGAGAUACUUGGACUCUCUAGGGGUGAGGGGGAGGAUGGAGUGAGGCUGGAGGUAGAAGUGAAGGUGCAGGAGAGGGGUGUCUGGGCUCAGUUGAUGCAUGGAGGUCCUUUCUCCAGAGAGGAGUGGGAGUUGAGCAGAGAGACAUCUCUGUAAACAGUGGAACCCUUUGAAGAGCUCUCCCCUUCACUGGUGUCCAAGACCUGCUGCCUCUCCACCCUGUCUUGUUGCCCGGUGUUGUUUUAAGGUCUUAAUCCUGGCUAUCAGACUGAGUGCCAUUGAGAGAGGUUGAGGCUGAACACAUCCUGAAAGAAUAGUGUUGAUGGACAGCGCUGCUGCUCCACACUGCAAUGACAACAGUAGAAACAACACACAACCUUUGGUGUUUCACACUCAGUCACUCUCUCUCUUAUUUUUACAUUUGAGUAAUUUAGCAGAUGCUCUUAUCCAGAGCAACUUACAAUACAAUCUUUAUACUUUUUCAUUCUGGUCCCCCAUGGGACAUGAAUCCACAACCCUGGCAUUGCAAGAGCUAUGCUCUACCAACUGAGCCACUCGGGACUUAUCCUCUCCUUCCCUUUUUUUAUACUCUAAUUGCAGCCAGGUCACCCGUGAUACAAGUCAAUGUUCGAUGUCCAUCCACAUCUGACGAUGUCGGGAAAUUGUGUGUAAACCGGCCACUAGGAGCAAUAGUGAGCACUGUUACCUUCAAGUAGGUUUUGGUUUUUGCUGUGGUGUUGUGGACGGGGAUUGGGUGUAAUCAUCUGCCUCUGAUUUCAAAGGUUGCAAGUUCAAAACCAGCAAUGGAAAGUAUUUUUGUUUUAAAGGGUAUCCCAAACCUUCAACCUUACCUUAACCAUUCAGAGUUACUGCCUAACCUAAGAAUUUGGAGUUAAUGCCUAAGCUUAACCGCUAAGCUUAAAAAUGUGGAGUUAAUGACUAAACUUAACCUUAAACACACAAAUUUGACAUUUGGAACAACUUCUAAAUUUGACGUUUAAGAAACAUGGAUGAAAGUCUAAUUCUGACGUGAGACUGUGGGAGCUGGUAGCUUGCUCCUUUUCUCCUUCCCUCGCUCUCUCUCUCCCUCGCCCUCAUCCAUGCCCAUUCAUAGCUGGCUCAAGUUGGCAUAGGGGAAUUCUCUGUAGGUUGUCAUCAGGCCAUCACUAAAGACAAACACAGACACACACACACACACACAGAGUCAGGCAGCCCUCCAGUAUUCCCUCAACAUCCUGCACUCUGCCAUAUCGAAGCCAGUUAAGCGAAUAGCGUUUAGAAACUUCACAGAGAUCCCAAUUCAUCAAGAUGCCAAUCACAAUAAGAACAGAGAGGGCUGUAGUAGUUGGACUCAGACACACUGACGAACAUAAUAUGAGAAGAGCGUUACAGCCUCUGGUAUGAACACCGUUUUUUCCCCCCUCAAAUUCUCUCAGAUGAAACAGCAGUAUGACAUGCGUUCUCCUUCAUCUGUUGAGACACGGUGCUGGUAACAUUUGUCCACAUUCUCUGAUCAAAGCCUUGCCAUUUUUCACCCUUUUUUUCCCCUAACCCCCCCCUUCGGAGGACACAAAUAUAUUUUCGUUUUUUUACAGCAUUUUUGCUACUUAUACAUACAUUGUACAUAUAGAUUUUUACAUACGUGGUACUUUUAUAUACAGCAAUCACAUAACAAUAAUACAUUACCGAACAUGAGCUCUUUAAUCCCACCCCUCGGCCACUCUCAGCCCAUCCCACCUAUCACCGCAGACCACCCUCGUUUGGUUUUCAUGUGCCAUAGAUUUUUUCAAUUGUGCCGUGUUGUUUCACAUGGAUUUUGAACAUUUUAAUCACAUAGUAUCCAAAGCCUUGUCAUUGAAUGCGAUGUGUUCCUAUGGACUCAAACUGCCUCGAGCAUCACAUUGUUGCUUCAUAUCACUACCAAACACACAGUCAAGUGAACACAGACAAAGUAAUGCUGGUGAUUCAUAUGAGGAGUGUACGUUGGGAUAUGACCAGUUAACCAUCCACAGUCCCUGGAAGAUAUCAAUUACUUCAUGCCAGACACAGUCAGAAUGGACUCAA